UGAGAGCGCUGGGUUAUGGAAGGCAAUGGAAGAAGAGGCUAGUCACAUCCCGAUUUCACUCAUUUUGACAUUGUUGCGAGGAAUUUAAAUGCAAGAAGACGAAAACGAGUUGUGAGUCCCGAACUUGACCGGACAAUGGAAGUAGCUCUCUGCAGCAGUUCCAACUCACCCCUGGGAGUGAACUACCGAGACACAGAGAGUACCUGCAGAAAAACAUCAGUCAGCACCUCAGGGGUAACUACAACUACGUGUGGCUUGAAAGCAACACCUCUGUUUUUGGGAUGCAUAUAAGAGAAAGCGUAAAGAAAAAAAACACUGACUACGUAUGUAUAUAUUUCGUGUAACAACUGUGGAAUUCCGCCACUGUUCUAUGCGUAAGGGAUAUACAACCACGUAGUUAAACCUCUCCUGAGAUUGAGACAUUCAUUGAGACGUAGAGCACAUACAUUCUCACAUUUAUCACUGAAGGAGGCAAUGUUCAAAUUCACAAAUUCCCCUUGUAACACAACCCUAAUUGCCGCUUAGGAUCGCAAAGAAUAAAGGUUGGAAAUAUCUGUGGUAUCGUAGCCUAACGUGCUGUACCCUCAAAGCAACAAUAACCUGGGCUGAGUGAAAUCCCGCAAACCGGGUCUGCUGCUGUCCGUGGUCCUGAAAAAUACUCAUUAUUUGGGUUAUCCGAAUCAGUAACGGCGGUCUAAGGAAGACGGUUUCAUGGCCUGGGCGGUUAUGAAAAUCUUGUGGUUUUCUUGUGACUCUGGAAUCUGAAAAAAAAAGCAACAGAAGAAUUGCCUACCUUGGAGGUCCGAAAUCAUUAAAGGAAUUGGAAUUCGACUCCUAUUGGUGCUCCUGGAGCUGUAGGUAGCCCGAAUGAGACUGGCAAAAAUGUAUCGAAUAAACGCUCUCGGGAUCUAUUUGUGGGAAACAAUAGUAUUUUUCAGCUUGGCAGCCUCUAAAGAAGCAGCGGCUCGAAAAGCUGCCUCCCCAAUGCCUCCCUCUGAGUUCCUGGACAAACUCAUGGGCAAAGUUUCGGGUUACGAUGCAAGAAUCAGACCUAAUUUCAAAGUUGCAGGGGUCCCCGCGAGUGGAAGAGACCCACAAGGCCCCAAAACAGAAGCUUCUCACAAGAAAGGUCCCCCUGUAAACGUAACGUGCAACAUUUUUAUUAACAGUUUUGGGUCCAUCGCUGAAACAACAAUGGACUACAGAGUGAAUAUCUUCCUGAGGCAGCAAUGGAACGACCCCAGGCUGGCCUAUAGUGAAUACCCCGAUGACUCUCUCGACCUGGACCCGUCUAUGUUGGACUCUAUCUGGAAACCUGAUUUGUUCUUCGCCAACGAAAAAGGCGCCAAUUUCCAUGAGGUUACGACUGACAACAAACUACUAAGGAUUUCAAAAAAUGGAAACGUAUUGUAUAGUAUUCGAAUAACACUGGUCCUGGCCUGUCCCAUGGACUUGAAGAACUUCCCAAUGGACGUACAGACCUGUAUCAUGCAGCUGGAGAGUUUCGGCUAUACGAUGAAUGAUCUCAUAUUUGAGUGGGAUGAGAAGGGAGCCGUGCAGGUAGCAGAUGGGCUGACGUUACCUCAGUUUAUACUGAAAGAGGAGAAAGACCUGCGAUACUGUACCAAGCACUACAACACAGGAAAGUUCACUUGUAUCGAGGCUCGUUUCCAUCUGGAGAGGCAGAUGGGCUAUUACCUGAUUCAGAUGUACAUCCCCAGCCUUCUGAUUGUCAUUUUGUCCUGGGUGUCCUUCUGGAUCAACAUGGACGCUGCACCUGCCAGAGUGGGACUGGGCAUUACCACCGUGCUCACUAUGACCACCCAGAGCUCCGGCUCCCGAGCCUCCCUCCCCAAGGUGUCGUAUGUGAAAGCCAUUGACAUCUGGAUGGCCGUGUGCCUCCUGUUUGUCUUCUCGGCCCUGCUUGAGUACGCUGCUGUGAACUUCAUCGCUCGGCAACACAAGGAACUGCUGCGCUUCAGGAGAAGGAGGCGACACAUGAAGGAGGAUGAGGGCGGUGAGGGCCGGUUCAGCUUCACCGCCUAUGGCAUGGGCCCUGCUUGCCUGCAGGCCAAAGACGGCAUGGCCAUCAAAGGGAACAACAACAACGCCCCGACAGCCACCGCCGGCCCUCAGGAGAAAACGGUGGAAGAGAUGCGCAAGCUCUUCAUCGGCCGCGCGAAGAGGAUCGACACGGUCUCUCGCGUGGCUUUCCCGCUAGUCUUCCUCAUUUUUAAUAUUUUCUACUGGCUCGUAUACAAGAUCAUCCGAAGCACGGAUGUACACCAGAUGACGUAAGCAAGGGAAGAGAGAGAGUUCAAUACCACACCAUCCUGCUCCCAAACCCAAUACUCCUCGCUCUUCACUUGCUCACUUGCUUUUGGUGGCUAUCGCUUAUCAAUAUUUGUUAUUUUCUUUUCUUUCCCUCCCUCUUUUCUCCCUAAUAAUCCGGACCAGUGCAAUAGCAAUGCAGUAAAAUGCAUGAUAUAUGAAUGUGGCAAUAUAUUUACAAAACGAUAAAUCAGUAAAUAUUACGACUUUUACCGAUACAUUCAAGAGCUUUGGAAUUUUUGAUAACUGAGAAUUAAAAAAAAAAAAAGAGCGAGAGAUUCUCUUCUAAGAAGUGUCGAAGAAGACAAAAUACUGCAUUAUAAAGAAGGAGAAUUUGGUGAAACAUACAGCACUGUAAUAUAGUAUAUAUCUAUCAUACAUUUUUUUAAAAACGGUUAUUUCUUCGAAAGGCAGGCGUCUGGAUGGAACACGAGGGAUGGAUUUUUAAAAGGAUUCUAAGAUUGUUCUAAGAUGAUUUAGUGAUUCCAUGAAUGAAGUGAUGCAAGGAUCAUAUGUCCUAUAUAUCUCAAUUAGCUUCGAUGUGUGUGGCAAGCACUUGUCAAACGCUCCCUGAGCCCUCAACAGAAACUGAGAUGUGGUUGAUGCUACUAUCAACUAAAUGAAGGAAACUUGAUGAGUCAAAAUAAUAUUCUAUUGUUUCUAACCGCUGUGGUCAACGUGUUCCUCUGUCGGCCCUUAACUUUAUUUCUUAAUUGCAUAUCGUUUUUUAAUUAACGUGCUCAGUAUACAUUAUGAUGCUGUAAUCAGCUCAAGCUCUUCUUGGGAACUCUAAAGUCGAAUUCUAAAGGGACAUUUGCCAUCAUUCACAUAUCGUCAUUGUUGCAUUUCUUAAUUUAUUUAUGCAUGUGCUAUUUUAAGGAUUUGGUACUUCAAUCAAAAUAUGAUUAAUUAAGAGUAAAUGUAGAGAGGAAAAGCAUUACAAAAAUCCUGAUUCCUCCUACUCAUUUCAUUGAAGCUAUACUGUUAACAUUUGUUUAGUUAUUUUCGUAAGCUCAUUGUUUAUUGCCCAGGUACAGUAAGAUACCCGGCAGGUCGAUGGAGGAAAAAUGUAGUGAGUUAAGAUUUAAGAAAACACCUACUGUACCUUAACAAUUAUUACCAUUGAUACAUAUACCCACAUUAAUAAUGUAGCUUUAAAAAAAAGUGUUAUUAUAAUCAUUUUCAAAAUAUGCCUAAAGAUAUUCACUCAAAAUCAUGGAAAAACGUUUGCUACUUUAACAGCAAUGAUUAACACCAUGUUCUCAUUGGUGUACCAUACAGUACAUUUUAUAGUUCACACAACUACAGCAUUCUGUGUCACUGAUUCAUUUAUUCAAGAGGCUUGAUUUAAGAUACUGAAAUCCAUUACUUCUCACCAAGCUUUUCUAUGCAAUAAUUAAUAUAUGCAAUUAUUUUUUUAUUAGCUUUACCAUUUACAAAACAUUAUCAUGAAUCGGUUUGAACUUGUGUGACAUCAAGGCUUUUAAUCUCAGAUAUUACAAAUCACAGUGCUCAUAUUUCCAAUGGUGGACACAUACAUACAUACAUACAUACAUACAUACAUACAUACAUACAUACAUACAUACAUACAUACAUACAUACAUACAUACAUACAUACAUACGUACAUACAUACAUACACACACAAGGCCUUCAUAUCUACAUCCCCAAGCAUAAUGUAAACUAUUCACCCUCCUCCUAGGCCCAUGAUUCUAAACACAUUCACAUUCAAUUACAAGCAGGCCAAGCUACAGUGGCUUUUCAUAUUGCAUAUUUAAGACUCUCUGCUCUCUGUAGCCCCACCUCUGGGACAUUGUUUAGCUAGCCUAAAGUGCUGUCACCAAGCCCCAGAAAUAAAGACUACACUACUGCUACCACAGGAAGUAUGGCCUGCGAAACAUUGUCAUGGAUGGGAGACUCGGACACAGUGGAAAUAAACACUUGUCGAGUGAGUUUUUUACAUUUAACUUCAUUGCCAAAUGUUAUUUUCCUUUAUUUUAUUCCAAACCAAAUAAGUAUUUUGCUAACCUAUGAUCAUUGCCUUCCUGGUUCGGUUUUGAAUAUGACGACAUAAGGGGAAAGAUGCCAGAACACCUUUGCAAACAAUAUUAUGCACUGGUUCAGGAUAUUGUUUACGUUUUGUUGUCGUAACUUAAAUUGAUUCAGUUCUUUCCAUUGACUUCCCAGUGUGUGGAUAAAGUGCUUCCAUUUAUUUUUGUGGUAAUAUGAUGCUAUUCAAUUAACAAUAUUAUAUAUUUUGAUAUGAAACUUUCUCUGCUUCUUCAUCCCUGUUUUCUUCUUCUUCUGGAAAAGUGUAAUCCAUUACUUUUUUAACAGGUCAUAGAUUUUCGAAUGUGUUAAUGAUAGUUUGAGGUGGUUUGAUGUUUAAGGCUUGAUGAACUUGCACAAGAGAUUAAGAACCAUAUUUAAAAUUUCGGUCAACUAUUUCUUAAAAUGUAUAUUAUCUUCCAUGUAAUUCAGUUGAGGCAGUAUUUGUCAAAAACGUAUUGAUGUGUGUUUUCACAGACACGGUCGAUGGGGUAAAUUGAUUUGAAGGGCUAUUCUUUUUCUAUUAGUUUUAUUUUAUCCCAGCAAAUUAACUUUCAACAUGUAUAACAUUAUGCUUUACCCAAAACUAUGCAUUUAUAAAAGUUCAUUGCUUAAAGGGGGUUAAAACGUAUUGGUUAAAAUAUCAGCACAGUAAUCAUAUGUUUUGAAAGUGACAAAAGAUUUGAUAGAUAUUCGUUUGGCCACAAUAUUUCAGCACAGAUUUUGACCAUGAAUCUUUCCUCAGUUUUGACUUCCUCAGACAAAACUAUCCAUUAAAUAAGAUGUUAUCCAAUGUUGAAUAUGCAACAAACUAGGAACUAAUCAUAUCAUGUACCUCCACUCAACCACCAUGAUAUUCACUCAUCCAUUCAAUACUUAUGGAUUGAACUCUAUGCCCUGACCAUGUGAAGGAUCACUGCACUUGGGACAAUGCUAUAUAGAUUUAUUGUAACCAAUUGCUUAUUAAGGUGCAUUAUUACUAGCGCCCUGUCCAGGGUGUGUACUUGUACAUCAAGCUGCCUCAUGCUACAGAAACAGGAGAUAGGCUCCAGGGUUGGGGUCAAUUCCAAUUUAAAUUGAAUUUUAAUUCAAUUGAGGAUUGUCCUGGAAUUUGAAUUGAAUACAUGGGACAUGAAUAGGAAGAAGGAAUUGAAUUGGAAUUGAAUUUCUGGAAUUUACCCUGACCCUGAUAGGCUCCUGCCCUACGGGACAAGGGGCAGGGGCUCGGACAAGGCUUACUUUGUUUAUUAUGUUAUUCAAGAUGGAAAUGACACUUACUGCUCUGAAUAGACAACGUCAACAAGGUCUAACGUAUUCUAGAACACUGACACAUUCUACAACAAGAAUUGUAUGUUUAACUUAAUUACUCAGCAAUUCAAUGUUCAAAGUAUGGAAGUGGUAGGAAUGUUCACUGAUGGGGAAAACUCCAUUGAACAGAUAGGACUUCCUCCCCUUCAUAUCAACCUGAUCUAGAACAGAUAGGACUUCCUCCCCUUCAUAUCAACCUGACCUAGAACAGAUAGGACUUCCUCCCCUUCAUAUCAACCUGACCUAGAACAGAUAGGACUUCCUCCCCUUCAUAUCAACCUGACCUAGAACAGAUAGGACUUCCUCCCCUUCAUAUCAACCUGAUCUAGAACAGAUAGGACUUCCUCCCCUUCAUAUCAACCUGAUCUAGAACAGAUAGGACUUCCUCCCCUUCAUAUCAACCUGACCUAGAACAGAUAGGACUUCCUCCCCUUCAUAUCAACCUGACCUAGAACAGAUAGGACUUCCUCCCCUUCAUAUCAACCUGACCUAGAACAGAUAGGACUUCCUCCCCUUCAUAUCAACCUGACCUAGAACAGAUAGGACUUCCUCCCCUUCAUAUCAACCUGACCUAGAACAGAUAGGACUUCCUCCCCUUCAUAUCAACCUGACCUAGAACAGAUAGGACUUCCUCCCCUUCAUAUCAACCUGACCUAGAACAGAUAGGACUUCCUCCCCUUCAUAUCAACCUGACCUAGAACAGAUAGGACUUCCUCCCCUUCAUAUCAACCUGACCUAGAACAGAUAGGACUUCCUCCCCUUCAUAUCAACCUGACCUAUCAUAAUGUCAAAUAUUAUUGACAAUGAAGGAAGUUCAUAUAAUAUUUGGCAUAUAGGACAGAGCAAUAUGAACAUUUUAAAAGUAUGUAAUUCAACUAGCAUGUUAUGAUUUGUUAGUAAUUGCAACAGUUGUUUGGUUCUGUUUAUUGUAUUUUUGAUAUAUCAGAUGCCCUGGUUGUGGUGAUGCACUCACCACCCAGUGAUAGAGAUGGACACAAAUAACCAGUCAUGAACUGAACUGUACACAAAAAUUGAAACUUUUUUUAUUUAGGUAUUUCUAUUAUUUUUUAGCACAAGUUGGAAUGGCCUUAAUUUAGUUUUACUUGCUUAAAUAUUGUGUAUUGGCACAAAGUGCACAUCUUAAUUUGCUAAUUACAGUUAUGAUAAUAAUCCAAGAGUGCACUUCAGAAGAAGGAAAAAAGUUCAGCAAAUCCUUUUUAUUUUUCAUUAAAAUGUGAAAACACUGAAUAUUUUGCAUGAAUAUAAUUACAAUGGCAGAUAUUUUUGGCUUGUACAAAAAUGUGAGCAAUUUGAAGAAAAAAGGAAUGUACAAUUUCUGCUGUAAAUGUAUAUAACUAAAUAUUUAUUGAAAUAUGUCAUUAUAAGUAAUUCUAAUUACAAUUAAAGGUUUU